GGCGGCAUGGCGGCGCGGCGGGCAUGGUGCCUGCGGCGGCUGGGGGCCAGCGGCGGCUGGCUGCUGCUGGAGGCCGGCACGCAGGUGACUAUAGGCCGAGGAUUAGACCUCACAUACCAGCUGGUGUCAAAAACCUGUCCCUUGAUGAUCUCCCGUAAGCACUGUGUUUUCCAGCAAAAUGCAGAAGGGCAGUGGACUGUCAAGGAUAACAAGAGUCUGAAUGGAGUUUGGCUUAAUAAACAGCGCCUGGAUCCUUCAAAAACCUAUCCUAUAACUGAAGGAGACCGUAUCCAGUUGGGAGUGCCUUUGGAAAACAGAGAGACCGCCGAAUAUGAGUAUGAAGUAAUUAAAGAGGAAUGGGAGAAAAUCAGACCCUAUUUAGCCCAAAGGAAUGACCUGGGGAAAGCUAAGAGUUCAAGAACUAAACGUAAAUUUAGUUUGGAGGAAUCAGAGACAUCUGGAUCAGAAGGCCCUUCAAAUUCCAGAUCCAAAAGAGACAGAGUGUCCUAUGACAUUGAACCUUUGGGUAAACCAUGUGGAAGGGUAGAAGAGGUAAAAGGGUUGACAGAGAAGAUGGAUGUCAAGCUGCCUUCUCCUGGCUCAAGUGAGGAGGAUGGUGGUCCAGUGCGUAGCAGUCCUGUGCAAGCUGAGAAAGCUGUGUCUGUCUCACCUAAGGACCAGAAAGGCUCUGUUCUUUCUCAGUCGUGGACUGGCCUGGAAAAGCUGAAGAAAACUCUAGGAGAUAUAAAGGAGUUAAAAGUCAAAGUGCAGGAUAAGCAGACAGCAGUUCUGAACGCGAAGCAAAAGCGCAGGAAGGCUGCUCAGAAGACGAUCCUAGCAAUGGAACAGGAGCUGCAGGAAUUGCAGGAGCAGCUAUGCACAGAACAAGAGCAGCAUCAACAGCAGAUGGAAGAGCUGGAGAAGACGUUCUCCAAAGAGCAGGAGAAUCUAGAGGGAGUAAAGUGGCAACAUGGAGAAGAGAAUCUGAAGGAGCAGCUGGCCCAGGUCCUGCAAGAGCAUCACGCUUUGAUGGAAGAACUGAGCCGUAAUAAAAAAGAUUUUGAAGAGAUAAUUCGAGCCAAGAAUAAAGAACUGGAAGAAACCAAGGAAGAGAAGGAAAAGGUGAGAGCCCAGAAAGAAGAAGUGUUGAAUCAGAUGAAUGACGUGUUGGAGAAUGAGCUGCAGUGCACCAUCUGUUCUGAACACUUCAUUGAGGCAGUCACUCUGAACUGCGCACACAGUUUCUGCUCCUACUGCAUCAAUGAGUGGACAAAGCGUAAGGUGGAGUGCCCUAUCUGCAGGCAGGAGAUCAAGUCAAAGACGCGCUCUCUGGUGCUGGAUAACUGCAUUGAUAGGAUGGUAGAAAAUCUGGAUGUGGAAAUGAAAGAGCAUCGCCUGUCCCUGAUCAGAGAGCGGAAAGGUGAGAGAGAAAUGGAAGGUGAUGGUGAGCCCAGCCGUGGACAAUGACAGCAGUGUCAUUCCUUCCAUCUACCCCAUCUUGUCAGUGAGCAGCUGUGAGAGUGAAGACUCUGAGGAGGAUUCUUACCAUGGUGAAAGCUACUGCAUUAUCUGAACACUAACUUUGGACUGGUUUGCCUGUAUGCUGCCAAGAACCAACCGAAUGGUAUUUGGUUUACUACUGCUGGAGGAGUGGAUUGGACAUCUGGAAGGAGAGAUUCUAUGAAGAGGCCGUACCUGGAGCUGAGAAGUAGUAGCAUUUGGAAGAAGGACUUUAUUUUUUAAAUGAAUGUACAGAAGCGUAAUCUCUAAAAUGAAAUUUGGAUUGUGGAAGAGCAAGCUGGCGUUAUGCUAGAUAGUUGACAUAAAACCCAGGUUAUCAUGAUCACUUGUGACCUACUAGUUAGUGUGGUACGUAUGUUUGAAUGCAUCGCUGCUCUUUCCUGAGUGAAUGACGUGUUUUAAAUGUGUACACCAGGUCCCCUAAUUUCAGCCAGCAGAGGGAAUGGCACAAGCUAUUUCAGAACUUGGUCGUUCCCACCACCUAACAGGAGAGGAAUAUCGGAAAAACAUGCCAACGUGGGUUUUCCUCUUAAAUUUUUUAUGUCAGAGUCAUCCUAGGACUCUCUGGCACUAAAGUUAACAAAGAAUGGGUUAUGGGUCAUAUCAGCUUUAAGUGCUUACAUGCAUCAUAAGCUAAACUGCUGGCUGUUCAGGUGAUGUUACUCAUAUUCUGUUGGAUAGCGAUGGAGAAGAUUAAAUCUUUCAGAAUUCCUUAGUUCAUGCUCUUUUCAUAUAGCAUCUUUGGUUUGUUCCUUUUCAGGCUUUUGCAUACAGAGUUUUAAAAUUUUGAAGCAGCACAUCCAGAAAUUAUUAGCAGUGACUUCAGAAACACAUUUAGUUCUUGUCGGUACACGAGAGGAAUCUUGGCCUCUUCAGAAGUACUGCUAGCUGAAUGAGAGAUGUUCUGUUGGCAGGGUAGGAGAGCAGCAUCUGUAGCCAGCCACAGACAGAAGGAAGUGCUUAGGUCAAUUGUUUACAAAACAUUGCUGUUGAGCUGUGUCUUGUGUUGCCCUCACAGCAGGUAAUGCAUCCCUAAGACUGAGCAAGUCUUACCUCAUGCUAUCACCUAUGAGAAACAAUACAAAAUUGUCUAUGAAAUUCAUUUUUCAGAGGCGUAUGUUUUUGACUUAGCUUUUACUUGGAAAGCCUUUACCAUUACAUCAAUAAGAGGAGGAUGGAGAAGGCUUUUCUCAUCUGUAGUAUUUCUUUGGCUCUUUGUGUGUAUUUCUUGUUUCUGUGUUUAUUUUGUUUAAGACGGAAAAUAUAAACCCAUUUGUGCAUUAGUGUUCCUUGGUGCAACCCGAGAUAAAUUUCCUUCUCCUAGUUACCUUAGAAUUUUUGAGAAAACCCAGAUUGUCUCAUUUUUAUGACCUUGUUUGCUUCAUGUGUUGAUUUCUGUAAGCAGUUAGACUAUUUUAAAUUUAUUUGAAAGACUGUUGUAUGCAGGAGUUGAUAAAAGACGUCCCAGUUCUUUAAGCCUGCGUUAGCAGUGGCUCUCUUAGUGGUAAUUUAGUAGAUACAGUCAUAUCUUCCACUAAAGAAAGAUAACAUUAAAAAGGUGCAUGACUGAUGAUGCUAUUCUAAGAAAGUAGUGCAUUCUGGCAGGUUUGAAUGGUAGCACAGGGGAAAAAUAUGUGAUCUGUGGGCGAGGUAACUUUCUUAGAGCCUUACUGUAAGGUUGUUCUUGUGAAGAAGCUAUUACAGCUUGAAUUUUCUCCUUGUCCUUUUAAUGUUAUAGAAUAUAUGGGCUCUUGAAAGUUUCUUUUCUGAAUAUAUGCCCUCUAGCAUGUCGGAGAGAAGAGGGCUCCCCGAAACGCUUAUGAAAUACCCUCACAUUGAAACAGGCAUUAUUGUUGAAGAGGAGUAGCAGGAAAAUAUUCUGGUUACCUCAGACUGCAAGUUCUUGUAUCCUGUAUCUCUUCCAUGUUGCUUUGCUUUUUUUUUCCUUGUUUCAUUUUGCUAAAUAUAUUUAUUUUUGUUAUGUUGGUGUUUAUGAAUAUUCUAGAAAAGGAUGGUACUUCUAGUGACAGAGCAGUUCUUUGGUAUGCUUUCUGAGUGUGUCCCCCUUUCACUAGAAUAUAGAGAAUAUUCUUCAUAUUCUGGUGAAAGGGGAUGUACUCAGAAUACAAGUGGUAUACUAAACCAUUUCAGCUGUUACAAGAGGUGCCCCAAAAUACAAGCAGACUACUAAACCUUUUCCACUGCUACCAAUAGGAGCAUAGCGUGUAAAGGACCAAGGAGAGAGGCUAAGUAGUAAUACUGUUUAUUUGUGAAAGCAAGAUAGUAAUCAUCAAAUGAGCAAGAUGAAAUGAGCUCAGUGUGACUUGUUUUUUUUUUCCUUCAUUGAGGUUGGUUUUAAUUACAUAGCUUAUAAAUACUGGUGGAUUACCAAGGAGCAAAACUGUAACCAUAGGCUACUGGCUAGAACAGUGAAAGAACACAUUAGACAGUACACAGGCUAGGUAUUUCCAUGUGAAUUGAGCAAGAUGAAAAGAAUCCUAGAAUGCUUUGAGUGACCGUACUAUUAUAAUCAUCAGAGAAUUAGCAGAGAAUGGGUAAGGUACUAGAAUUCUGCAAAUAGAUGCACUUGCCUAUCUUUAGAAAGAAGGAAAAGGAGGAAAGAUGCUGUAGGCCUGCCAGCUGAGUUUGAAUUCUUUAUCUCCCACCAUCCACUCAUUAUUGAAAUAAACUUUUUUUUGUAUGCAUAUAGAAGAUAAAAUGAUUAAUGAUGAGAGUAUUCCACUAGUCUAUGUCAGGCACAAAACAUGCUAAAAUAGGGUUAUUUUGACAGAGAACAAGUUGAGCUAUAACUAUCUUAAUUUUUUGUGCACCUUUUGAUAACGUUUCAUACAAGCUGUGGAAAGGUAUGUAGGUGACACUAUUUUAAGAUCUGUUCACAACUUAGUACGUUUCAUAAAUGAGUUUUUGGCCGUAAAAGGAUUUAAAAUUCUACACUGGUGCUCUUGUGUAGUCAAAUACAGAUUUGAAAAAAUUGGCCAGAUAGUUGCAGAGAGUUGGACGAGGGAGGUAUUGGACAAUUUACUGCUGCAAACAAAGGUAUGUAUCUGAACGUAUAAGUGAGUACCAUUAAGUGUUUCUUCAUCUAUUCAACACCAGUAAGACCCUAGCAGACCCUACGGUCCUAAGGACUGUGCUUCAAAGUGGAUUUGGAACAGCUGGAGAAACAGAAAGAUGUGAAACCCAAGAAUGGUGACCCCACGCUAAAGAUUUAAACUCCAGCUUUCCCUCUCUUUCUGGAAAAAAAAAAAAAAAGGCGAGGCAGCCGUGAGUCUUCAAAUACAUCAAAAGCUGUUUCGAAGACAGAGUAAUCUGUUUUUCCCGGCUUAUAGUGACUAGGACAAAACGUAAUGAGACUUAAAAGUCCUGGUAGCAUUUUUUUUCCUAUUGGAAUGUCUCAACAAUACAGAUAAUGAAAAACUGCAAUACUUUGGGGAAAUUUUUUAUGAUGCAGAAUAUUCAGCCUUUACAAACAGGUCAAGCACACUUCAGUUCAAUGAGUGAAUUUUUCCAUAAUUUUUUCCCUGCCACACCACCUAUGAAAUCUGUAGUAUGUGAAGUGCUUUUUUUCUUUCAAAAAUUUUAAUUUUGAAAUGUGGAGUCUAUACCCCACUGGAAACUAUUUUAGAAUUUAAUUAAAAAAUGAUGUAUUUAUGUAUAGUUCAGCUGUAUUUGGGGAAAGUAGGUGACUUCCCAAAGUCCCUUUUCCUAUGAUUCUUUGGAGCAAGUCAUUCCCCCUCCCUGUCUCAAUGCCUGAGUUCUCCACCUGGACUGGUCACUUCUUUGGUUUCCUCCUACUGCGUAAGUGAUGCUCUCCUGUUGGCUGUGUGGGACCUUCCCUAGUACUUGCUGCAUGGGCUCAAAGUCUCUGCAGUUUCUAAACGUAGUUUAAGAGUGGACACAGCAUCCAGGGAAGGAUGGGGGUUUAUAUAAAGGAGAAACUCCGUGCAUUUUUUUCAGUGGUGCUAUCACUACAACCUCAACCCUUCUUAGAGUCCUUUGAAGACGGUGAGUAUAUAUGGAUCUUGUUUGUGAGGUGAGUUCUUAAAUCCAUGUUGAGUGUUAAAGUAAUUGGUUGGAAAUUACUAGUGAAGGAGGGCACAGUAGUACUGCCCUGAAUGUUGGUGGGGUUGUCAUGAACUUCUAGUAGACAAUGCGUGACUAUCAUAAUUUAUUUUCCUUUAAAAAAUCAACAAGAAAGAAAACUAUCAGAUUUGGAGAAGAAUAAAA